AUGGAUUAUCAACGAUCUGAGCCCAUCGCUAUUGUCGGCAACGGUUGCCGUUUCCCCGGUGCUGCCAAUUCUCCUGCUGCUCUCUGGCAGCUGCUGGAAAGUCCACGUGAUAUCUUGACGGAGAUACCUAAAGAACGUUUUGAUGUGCGAGGCCGGUACUACAGAGACAGGGAUCACCAUGGCAUGUCCAAUGUUCUACACUCCUACACCCUGGAGGAGAAUCUUACCAAGUUUGAUGCCAACUUCUUUAACAUUAGUGCAGGUGAGACUGAGUCUAUUGAUCCUCAGCAGCGCCUCUUGCUGGAAACUGUCUACAAGGCCCUUGAAGCUGGCAGCCACACCAUCCAGUCUUUACGUGGCUCUGACACUGCCGUCUAUGUUGGUGUUAUGGGAGGGGACCAUGAAACCAGCCUUCUCAGAGAUGCCAACAGUCUACCAACAUACUUUGCGACUGGCACAUCGCGCGCAAUUCUUUCAAACCGAAUCUCUUACUUUUUCAAUUGGCGUGGACUGUCUAUGACUAUUGACACAGCAUGCUCUUCGAGUAUGAUCGCUGUUACUCUGCUUCUGGGCCCUGAAAUAUAUGUGGCCGAGAGUAACAUGCACAUGCUGUUGCCCACAGGCAGAUCCCGCAUGUGGGAUGCUGAUGCUGACGGCUAUGCUCGCGGCGACGGUAUCGCGACUGUUGUUCUUAAGAAGCUGAUCAAUGCUCUUGCUGAUGGCGACCACAUUGAAUGUAUCAUCCGUGAGACUGGCAUCAACCAAGAUGGCUGCACACAGGGAAUCACUGUACCAAGCUCGGAGGCGCAAGCUGCACUUAUCCGCCGCACCUAUGCUCAAGCUGGUCUUGACCUUGCAAAUCCCGCCGACAGACCCCAGUUUUUUGAGGCACAUGGCACCGGUACCAAGGUAGGAGGCCCUAAGGAAGCAGCCGCAAUCCACUCCACCUUUGGAGGACUUGACAGUGAUCCUUUGUAUGUUGGGUCAAUCAAGACCGUCAUUGGUCACACGGGGGGUGCUGCUGGAAUAGCCAGUCUACUCAAAGCGUCACUAUCCCUUUAA